UCUCCCUCUCCUCGAUCGGGCACCUCGCCCUGCCCCAGGCCGCCGGGGGAUCUUUGGGCUAGCGGGAUGUCUCGGCCAAUGCUGGGGGAGAGGAAGUGCUGCAGGGGAGCUACGGGCCGGACCAUCCCAUCACAGCCUCUUAGAGCAGCUGAGGAUGUGAGCCAGGAGCUUUUUAGGUUCCCACAGUUAAGAAGAGGUGGUGUGAUCUGUUGUGCAGAUGCCCAUGUCUCCAGGUUGGAGCUUGCCCCUGGUGGGUCAGGAUUAUCUGGAUAUUCUUUCCAGCUGGUACUGCACCUUUGGAAAGUGUUGCGAGACAGGAGACUGCAGAAUAGCCAACAACAUCACAGGGUUAGAGUUGGACCUGAGCAGGAGGCUACAUGGUCAGCACUUGGCAAAGGACGUCAUUCUGAAAGCAGUGCAAGGCUUCCUGGAGACCCCACAGUCGGAGAAGGCUCUGGCUCUGUCGUUCCACGGCUGGUCUGGCACUGGAAAAAACUUUGUGGCCCGGAUGAUCGCUGAUCAUUUGUACCGAGAUGGGCUGAAAAGCGAGUGUGUUAAAGUCUUUAUCUCUCUCUUUCACUUCCCACAUCCCAAAUAUGUGGACUUGUACAAGGUUCAGCUGAAGAAGCAGAUAAGCGAAAUGGUGCAGCUCUGCAAGCAGUCAUUGUUCAUCUUUGACGAGGCAGAGAAGCUUCACUCUGGCCUGCUGGAUGCCAUCAAACCCUAUGUGGAUCACUAUGACAGCAUCGAUGGGGUAGAUUACAGGAGCUCCAUUUUCCUAUUCCUCAGUAACACUGGUGGGAACAUCAUCAACCAGGUGACCCUGGACUUCUGGCGAGCUGGACGGGCCAGGGAGGAGAUCACCAUGGAAUACUUGGAGCAGCACCUACGCCUGGAGCUGCUUGAGUCCACAGAUGGUGGCUUUGCCCACAGCCACCUCCUUCAAGAGAACCUCAUUGACUUUUUUGUGCCAUUCCUGCCCCUGGAGAAUCACCAUGUGAAGCUGUGCGUGCGGGAUGCUUUUCUGGCCCGUGGCCUUCCAUACACUGAGGAGGUGCUGGAUGAGGUGGUCAGGAUGAUGGUGUUCAUCCCGGAGGAGAAGCUUUUCUCUGCACAAGGUUGUAAAUCUGUGUCUCACCGCAUCAACUAUUUCCUACCCUGAAUGUGAGGGGGAACUGUACCAGUGACCAGCAUGGCUACUUGCUGCAUAAUGAGACCUGCUCCUCUUGCAUGAACAGAUUGAAAAUUCACCCACUUGCACAGUGAUGGGAACUUGUGAAGUCUCUCAGAACUUGAAAGAGGCCUCCAAGGGUUGUUGUGAUUGUCAGAGUUGUGUGGCACCUGUGCAGCAUUCAGCUGGUAGAAGGCUGGGCUGCUAUACCUGCCUUGCCUACUUGAAGUUCCAUCUCUUAGCAAGUAGCCCAGAGCAGAAGCAAUGAUUAGCUGUUGCCAAACCAAGAUUUCUGGAUGGCAAACAGUGGUCUGCUUCACAGGAACAGAGUUGGUCUGGGCCUUUGGCUUAUUGUGGUGUGAAUGGUCUUGGGAUAGCUUAGUAGCUUCAGUGGGAAAGUCUGAAGAGGUCAUAGAAGUCAUGUCCUUGCUUCCUCUCCUCUGAUGUGUCAUUUCCAGCACCUGCAAAGUAAAAUCAGUGCAUUAGCUGUUGGUAAGACAGUGAUGGAGAAAAACCUAAACUUAGCUAUGGAGCAAUUUCCCAUCUGGGGACAGAGUGAGAAUCUCUCUCUCCCAGGAACCUUCUUACCAAGCCAUCUGGUUAACGACAACAGCUCUAGGAGAGGAUGCCCAGCAGCCUGCACAGAUGAUGAUGCACAGUUUGAAUAGAGAUUAGGACUAAGAUUCCCAUCUGCAGCCUCCACCUGCUAUGGGUGUGCCAGGUGUAUAACACUGACCUUGUAUAGAAGUCACCAAAGAGCAAGGACACUACAAGACUCCAAGUGAGAGGACAAAUAGUUCUUGACAAUUUGUUUAAUAUAAAGAUUAAAAAAUCUUAUUUUGUUAUUGUGCUGUGAAGAGAUGUUCACUUUAGACAUGCUAACAUUUCCCCCCGCCCCCACCCCCAGACAGCAAGGCGCAGCGUGUCUGCAACUCCAAGUCUAUGAAUGUCUCCACUACAGCCCAGGACUGUUCUGACAGGGAUGGCAUUGGGUGAUACGAGCCAGCAUCUUCCGCUCACGGAGGCAGCUCUUGCUAUGCACACUCCUCAUACUCAGUUUGGCUAAACUACUUCUGCAGCAUUCACUUAAGGGAGCUCCCAGUUGCAGCAACUUGGCCUCGUGACUGCUCUGAUAACUCAGGAGGACCAGAGUACAGGGUGGCUUAUCUUUGUCCUUGUCUAGAGCAAAGGUUGGAGAGUAGUGGCUGUGAAGGAGAAUUCUGCCAUUUGAUUACUAUUUCAUAGACGAGCUAGGAUUUUGCUGUUACACAGUCUGGCUUUUGGCCAGAGAUAGUAUUACUACAAGAGGGACUGUUUGCUGUCUCGGGUUCCUGCCAAAUGAUUAAAAAAAAAAAGCC